CGACUCCUACGUGAGCCACCUCUCAUAGGUUCCCGGUAGCAGAAACGGAGUUUGUUCCUGGAGCUGCCUGUGUUUUGAAAGGAUAUCGAAAACGCAUGAUCUUCUGUGUCAAAAAACGUAAUUAUUGAUUAAAUAUCAAAACAUGGCGGUGAACACAGGCACAUCCCUGGUUCUGUCCAGUCUGUUCUCUGUGUUGGUGUUUGCUGGGAUGCAGAUGUUCAGCAGACAGCUGGGUUCUACAGAGUUGCACACCAUCCUGGGAGGCUUCCUGGGCUCUGUCCUCUUUAUCUGCUCCCUCACAGCCUUCAGUAACCUGGAAAACCUCAUCUUCGGCAAGGGAUUCCAGGUCAAGAUCUUCCCAGAGAUCCUGGUGUGCCUGUGCCUCUCUCUGUUUGCCUCUGGGCUGGUGCACCGUGUGUGUGUCACCACAUGUCUGAUAUUUUCUCUGUUCGCCCUCUACUACAUCAACAAAGUGUCUGCUGCUCUGUACCAGGCAGCUGUUCCCACGGUAAUGCCAGCCAAGGCUGCCAGCAAGGGCAAGAAAAAGAACUAAGUCACUAAUUAGAUCAAACUUUCAUACCGUCAUCCAAUCAGCAUCCACUACAACGGCUAACCAGGCAAGGGAGAAAUGGUGUAGGUUAGCCGAUGACAGUGUACCCCAGUUUCCUUUUUCUAGGUCGUGCCAACCAGCAUUCUUAGAUAUUUUCCUUGACUUCUUAACUCUAUGAUCACUGAUCUCCAAGGACUGGACACCUCUCAGCAGUAUAGUUAGCCUGAGACCUACCCAGCCCAUCCAUACACUGUUCUCAGCAGUAUAGUUAGCCUGAGACCUACCCAGCCCAUCCAUACACUGUUCUCAGCAGUAUAGUUAGCCUGAGACCUACCCAGCCCAUCGAUACACUGUUCUCAGCAGUAUAGAUAACCUGAGACCUACCCAGCCCAUCCAUACACUGUUCUCAGCAGUAUAGAUAACCUGAGACCUACCCAGCCCAUCCAUACAUUGUUCUCAGCAGUAUAGUUAGCCUGAGACCUACCCAGCCCAUCCAUACAUUGUUCUCAGCAGUAUAGUUAGCCUGAGACCUACCCAGCCCAUCCAUACACUGUUCACAGCAGUAUAGUUAGCCUGAGACCUACCCAGCCCAUCCAUACACUGUUCUCAGCAGUCAUGAGUGGGGUAGAGGAAAGGAAGCAGUUUGGGAUCUAGCCAGAAUUAUGUAUCUACAUUCCCUACAUCAUCCCCAUGUACUCAGCACUUGUUUCAAAAUGCUUGUCUACAGAUCCAUAUUUUUGAUUGACGUCCUUUUUGUUUUGGUAUAAAAACUUUGUUGUUAAUGAAUUUGUAAUUAAAACCCAUUGAAAAUAG